GCACUGGCGAUAAUUGAAAUGACUCUCGACCACGGCUGUUCGCCGCCAUCUUGCUUUUCCUCCUCGACUUUGCGACUACAUUCACCGUGUAAGCGCCAGUGCGACUCGCGAUUCCACUGACUGCCCCCACUUUGAAUAGCGUGCAGGAACUUCUAAAUUUGCACUGAUUCAAUGGUAAUAAACUCCUACUUUUGUGGUUUACCAGUCGUGUCAAUAUCGAAGAAAUGGCGAUCGAAAAUAAAAACGAAACGAAAGACCUUGAAGUUGCACGUGUAGCACGCCCUCCACUGAUUUUUGUGCGAGAUUUACUUCCGUAUAUAUAUUUCUACUUCCGCUACAGCAGCUGAUCGACUGAAUGGUCAAACGACCGCUGUAACAAACUAACCAUUAAUUGUUAAGAAGAUCGCGUCUUUUUUUAUUUUAACGACAUGGUUAAUGUUAAAUUGAACGAAGAGAUUAUUCGCAUGCGGAGUAUCAUAAAACGAGCUAAAGUACUGGUGAUUCAUCAUCUUACACGACAAGCCAAACACCUCAGAAAUAAAAAGGGUAGCGAAGAUCAAAAAGGCAAGAAUGGAAGGAGAGCUGAAAGACUGAUAGCUGAAGUAGAAGUAAUUAAAGAUUUGAAGUUUGACAUGGUCACAAAGAAAGCCCUUCAAGAAGAUGUCAAGUUUGAAGAUGCCAUUAAGCCAACAGCUACCAUAGAGCAGCGUGCCAUUGCAAGACUGAUCUGUCACAAGAUAGUAAAUGAACACAUUGGCAGAAUUAAAGAAAAGUAUGCCUCAGAAGAUUUUCAAAAAAUCAUAAUUGAAAAAAGGCCUGAAGAUGAUGAAGUAAAAAAUCAUGAAGAAAACAAUGAUGUUAGCAAAGAUGAAAAUGUUAGUGAUACAGCAAGUGAUGAGUGUGGUAAAGGAGUAGCCAAUCAAAAUACUCUGCAAGGAUUGGAGUCUGAAAAAGUUGCUAAUCCAGGAAAUAAUCAGUCAGGUCAAAGGUCAGAUGCCAAAUGUGACAUGGACGUGAGAAUAAAGUCAUCUUGUCGAGAUUCUAUUUUUUCUGAUUCAUUUGAUGAUGUUGAAGUUGCCGUUACACGGAAAGCAAAUCCUGGUGAAUACUCCACCCAAAUGUCCAGUCCUGUAGAGUUUAAGGUGCUUGGGAAACAAGCUCUACAAUCAACAUUUUUUGGUAGUCUGUCAUCUGCUGAAAGUGAUAUGAGAAAGAAGAGGGAACAGAAGUCUGAAAGUAGAAAUAAAAGAAAAGCUAAACAAAGUAAUGUAAAUCAGGAUUUAAAAAGAAUCAGUGAUCCUUCAAAAAACACCACAGUCUUCAAAGACAGACAGAAAAUUGAUAAUCCUUGUAAAGCUGAUAUGGGAGUGAAAAAUUACCCUCCAAAGAAGCCAAAAGAAGAAAGGGUUGAAAAAAAACUGUUACCAGCUGAAAAAAUGCACCCAUCGUGGGAGGCGAGUAAAAAGAGACGGGAACAGGAAUCAACAAUGGUUGUUUUUAAAGGAAAGAAAAUCAAAUUUAAUGAUGAUUAAAGCUUGAAUGAAGAAUUUGUUAUAAAAAAAAUGUCUUUGUUAGCAAUUAAAACUAUUAAUAACUUAAGACUAAUAA